CUGGAGUCAUGCGGAUAUGACGUCAUGUCAUCUUCGUAGUCCUUUCUAGAAAAAAAAUGGCAGCUGUUGACAUCGACGUGCCGGUUGAUGCCGAGCCUCAACUUCACAAUGCGGGCGACCUGGAACGUCAAGCAGAAGGCUUCAAAGAACAGGGUAAUGCGUUCUACAGCAAGAAAGACUACUCUGAAGCCUUUAAUUAUUACACGAAGGCAAUUGAUACGUGUCCCAAAAAUGCCAGCUAUUAUGGCAACAGGGCAGCCACCUUAAUGAUGCUCUGCCGCUUUAGAGAAGCCCUGGAAGAUUCCCAGCAGGCAGUGCGGCUGGAUGACUGUUUCAUGAAGGGUCAUUUACGUGAGGGCAAGUGUCACCUGUCUCUGGGAAACGCCAUGGCUGCCGCUCGCUGCUUCCAGAAGGUUCUGGAUCUGGAGCCCAGCAACAGAGAAGCGCAGCAAGAGAACAAGAAUGCAGAAACUCUGCUGGAAUUUGAGCGACUGGCAGAUUUUGGCUUUGAGAAGCGAGACUUCAGAAAGGUGGUUUAUUGUAUGGACCGGGCCUUGGCUCUGGCAUCUGCCUGCCACCGCUUCAAAAUCCUCAAGGCUGAGUGUCUGGCGCUCCUCGGACGUUAUCCUGAAGCUCAGUCUGUCGCCAGUGAUAUCUUAAGAAUGGACUCCACCAACGCAGACGCACUUUACGUCCGAGGCUUGUGUCUUUACUACGAAGACUGCAUUGACAAGGCCGUGCAGUUUUUUGUGCAGGCUCUGCGCAUGGCGCCGGACCAUGAAAAGGCCCGGCUUGCCUGCAGGAAUGCCAAAGCAUUAAAAGCCAAGAAGGAGGAAGGAAACCUGACAUUUAAGAACAACAGCUAUGAAGCCGCCUAUCAGCUAUAUAGCGAAGCCCUCAGGAUAGACCCGAACAACAUCAAAACCAACGCCAAACUCUACUGCAACAGAGCCGCAGCAGGAGCCAAGAUGAAUAAACAUUGUCAAGCAAUCGAAGACUGCACCAGUGCCAUCAAGCUCGACGACACUUACAUCAAAGCUUACUUGAGAAGAGCACAAUGUUUCAUGGACACAGAGCAGUAUGAAGAAGCUGUACGCGACUACGAGAAAGUGUACCAGACUGAAAAAACAUCAGACCACAAGCACCUGCUGAAGACAGCAAAGUUGGAGCUGAAAAAGAGCAAAAGGAAAGAUUACUACAAAGUGCUAGGAGUCGGGAAGAACGCCACGGACGACGAGAUUAAAAAGGCCUACCGUAAACGCGCCCUAAUGCACCACCCAGACCGCCACAGCGCAGCCACUCCCGAAGUUCAAAAGGAAGAGGAGAAGAAAUUUAAGGAAGUGGGGGAGGCCUUCACUGUUCUGUCAGACCCUAAAAAGAAAACCCGAUACGAUAACGGGCACGACCUCGGUGACGACGGCACCUUUGAUGGGGGAGAUGUCGAUGCAAACAACAUCUUCAGGGCUUUCUUCGGUGGCCCUGGUGGCGGAUUUACUUUUGAAACCAAUGCAGAUUCUGGACCUGGAAAUUUGUUCUUCAAGUUUGGUUAAAGUGGCAAAGGAGCUUCAGAUCUAAAGUGCAGCUCUUCAGUGUACCACAUCAACUUGGAGCCACACCUGAAAUGUUCUCCAGACUUUUGGAUUUAAUCCAAAACUGAUACUAAAAAGAAUGCAAUGCCACUUAAGUCCUGAAAUGAGCACCAUCGAAUCUUGCUGCUAAUGCUCAAAUGUAAACAACUGAUUCCUAUGUCGUGCUCUUGUUAAGGUGCAAAUGGAACCAUCGUAUUAGAUAAAAUUAGCUAACUAAGUGGUCAUUUUUGUUGUUUUUUCCUCGUGGGAUGAGCUGUCAAUAACAAACCUCAGGACAUCCUAACAAAGGACUUCUCCUUCUGUCAUUAUUCAAUGUAUAUUUCACAUGAAUGUAAAGUCCUUAAAUGUUGUAUUUAUAUUUAUAACUUUUCAAUAUUCAUCUGAGUAUUCUAAGUAUUUAUGGUAAAAUACUUUAGUUUGCAUCUCAAAGCAAUAGUGACAUUUCCAGGGACAAACGUGUUCACUGAGGCUCAUUUACAACUAAGAAGACAGUAUAAAUCAUACUCGAAACUGAGAAUCAAACAUAAAUUGAUUGCAUGCCAUGUAAAAUGGAGAAGUACAUUUGAUCACUGACAUUCUUUAACAUGUUUAAGGCCUAUGAAAACUAAAUAGGAAACCCAUAUCUUAAUUGCUGUUUUGUAUUUUUUUUUUUUUUUAAAGAAUCGGCCCACGAGUCUUUGUGUUUCUUAUAAAUAAAGACUUUAAUUGGUA